GGCGCGGAGGCGCGGCGGCCGCUCCGCGGGAUGCUGACUGGACCCGGCGGCCCUCCGCAGCACGCCGGGGCGGGGGCAGCACGCUGGGCCGGCGCCCUUCGUCCGGCCGCCUCUCCGGAAUGAGGCCCCGGCGCCCGCGCGGGACGACGCGGCCGCUCCUCCGAGCGGAUCCUAGGAGAGGCCGGAGCCGCCGCGAUGCCGGGGAAGCUGAAGGUGAAAAUCGUGGCCGGUCGCCAUUUGCCGGUGAUGGACCGGGCCAGCGACCUGACGGAUGCCUUCGUGGAGGUUGGUUCCUGGCCGCGCCCCUCGGACCCGGGGCGCCGUGGAGGGAUGCCCGCACGCCCGUCCUCAGCCCGUGGGCUGUGGCCGUCCGCCCGGGACGCGUCCCGUCGCCGGCCAGGCUCGCGGUGUCGCCCGGGUCUGCCCGUCCGAGGCGAGGCCGCGGAGACGCUCGCACGACCUCGUUACGGACAAAAGCUAGCACCUGCUCAGCGACUUGGGGAAAAGCUUCUACCUGCUAUAAGGAAGCAUUCUUAUCUCUGGCAAAAAGGACCUCUGGCCCUUCCAUUAACAUACGCCUGUGGUGUCUAUGAGCAUAUCAAGGAGUUCCCCUUCCUCACCUUGACGGCCUUCCCUCCUGGACUUCUUGUGCACGUGGGUGGUGUCGUCAGUGCACGCUCUGUGAAGCUCUUAGAUCGGAUCCACAACCCUGCCUUUGUCGGAAUUAUGGGUAACACAAGAUCUUACAAACUGCUAGACUGGAAUAGUUUCAAUUCAGAUGAACCAGAAACUCGAGAUGCAUGGUGGGCAGAAAUCAGACAAGAGAUAAAGUCACAUGCUAAAGCCUUAGGCUGCCAUGCUGUAGUGGGCUACAGCGAGUCAACCAGCAUCUGUGAAGAAGUCUGUAUUUUAUCGGCAUCUGGCACAGCGGCUGUACUGAACCCUCGGUUUCUGCAGGAAGGCACCGUGGAGGGCUGUUUGGAACAGAGGAUUGAAGAAAAUUUGCCUGUCGGCUGCGGAUUCUGCCACAUACCAUAUGAUGAACUGAACAUGCCAUUUCCAGCUCAUCUCACAUACUGCUAUAACUGCAGGAAACAAAAAGUGCCUGAUGUUCUCUUUACAACUAUAGAUUUGCCCACAGAUGCAGUGGUUGUUGGAAAAGGUUGUCUUAUUCAGGCAAGGUUAUGUCGCCUGAAAAAGAAGGCACAGGCAGAAGCCAAUGCCACAGCUAUCAGUAAUCUUCUGCCGUUCAUGGAGUAUGAAGUACACACUCAACUGAUGAACAAGCUCAAACUCAAAGGAAUGAACGCUUUGUUUGGACUAAGAAUUCAGAUUACAGUGGGCGAAAACAUGCUGAUGGGCUUAGCGUCGGCCACAGGGGUCUACUUAGCAGCCUUGCCAACGCCUGGUGGGAUCCAGAUUGCUGGGAAGACCCCUAAUGAUGGCUCCUAUGAACAGCACAUCUCCCACAUGCAGAAGAAAAUCAAUGACACGAUCGCCAAGAACAAGGAGCUGUAUGAAAUCAACCCCCCGGAGGUAUCUGAAGAAAUGAUAGGAUCACCCAUCCCAGAGCCUAGACAGCGCUCAAGACUUUUAAGAUCACAAUCAGAAAGUUCUGACGAAGUUACAGAGUUAGACCUUUCACACGGGAAAAAAGACGCUUUUGUUUUAGAGAUCGACGACACUGAUGCCAUGGAAGAUGUGCAUUCCCUCCUUACUGAUGUUCCCCCUCCUUCAGGUUUUUAUAGUUGUAAUACAGAAAUUAUGCCUGGCAUAAAUAAUUGGACAUCAGAAAUACAGAUGUUCACAUCGGUGAGAGUGGUGAGGCUGAGUAGCCUCAACUUGACAAACCAAGCACUGAAUAAGAACUUCAACGGCCUGUGUGAGAACUUGCUCAAGAGCUUGUAUUUCAAACUCCGGUCUAUGACCCCCUGCUGCCUCUGCCAUGUGAACUUUACAGUGUCUCUGCCUGAAGAUGAGUUAAUCCAGGUCACAGUCACAGCAGUUGCAAUUACUUUUGAUAAAAACCAGGCCUUACAGACCACAAAAACACAUGUUGAAAAGUCGUUACAGAGAGCCUCCACAGAUAAUGAAGAACUGCUGCAGUUCCCGCUGGAGCUCUGCUCAGACUCACUGCCUUCUCAUCCCUUCCCAGCAGCUAAAGCUGUAACAGUUGAGAAAGCAAGUCCCGUGGGUGAUGGAAAUUUCCGGAAUCGCUCUGUGCCACCUUGUGCAAGUUCCACAGUUGGGGUUGUUAAGAUGACGCCUCUUUCUUUUAUUCCUGGAGCAAAGAUAACUAAAUAUCUCGGCAUCAUUAACAUGUUUUUUAUUAGAGAAACUACUUCUCUCCGUGAGGAAGGAGGAGUCAGUGGUUUUCUCCAUGCUUUCAUUGCUGAAGUGUUUGCCAUGGUAAGAGCGCACGUUGCCGCCCUGGGAGGCAAUGCUGUCGUUUCCUACAUUAUGAAGCAGUGUGUCUUCAUGGAGAAUCCGAGCAAGAACCAGGCCCAGUGUCUCAUAAAUGUCAGUGGUGAUGCGGUGGUUUUUGUCCGUGAAUCUGACUUGGAAGUCGUAUCAACGCAGCAGCCUGCUGCCAACUGCCAGCCAUCAUGUACUGGAGAAGUUACAACCUGAAGACAGGAGCUCAGCUGAAUGAAAUUCAUCUGUCUCUAUUGUUUGUCAUCAUCCUCUCAGACCAAAACUCUCAGCGUGGGUUAGAUAAAUGAGGAGGGGGAGGAGGCAGUUUGGUUUAUGUGGACAUCUUGGAGGCUUGAUAGAUAAUUUCUAAUCUUGACAUUGUAAUUUAGGUUGAUUUUAAUAAAAUUAUAAUUAAAAAUGAAAUGAGAAGAUUGUCAAGAGACUAGGAUAGGUAGCUUCUGUAACAGAAAACUAAGCAGGAAUCCAGAUUGCUAAUGAGCCCACAGUUGAUUUGAAAAUGGAGGAAACUACUGUGUAUUUUCAGAAAAUUACUAUGUGGAUUAUCUUGAAAUGAGGAAUUUGUUAUCUGGGGGGGUAAUGGGCUUCGGCCAUCUUUUAAAUGGAAGAAUGCACAGUGUGUGUCUGCAGAGUUGCCCAACUGCUUUAAGGAGCUUCCGGAGGAGUGUCUACAUCCAGGAGCAGGGGAUUCCUCAUAACUGGCUGUCCACACUAAGAAGGGAGGGGACCACCUCAUGACUGGCUGUUGCUUCCUGUUUAAUUACUAGAAGAGGCAUGGCUUCAACUGGGGAGAGACCAUUGUGAGAUUUGUAGCUAAGUAGUGAAAAUACAGUUGACCUUGGAAAAACAGGAUUAUUUUCUAAUAAUAUUAUUUUGCACUCUUAGCAAUCUUAGGGGUUGAUGAGGUACACUGUUUGGUAUAGUACAUGGAAAUGAGACUUGAAGAUGCUGUGAAGUGUUGAAUGUAUGUAUUAAUUCUUACCUAUGCCAAGUACCCACUGCUAAUGAAAUAUCAAAUUCCUCCUUUGCCCAAUAAAAUGUCCUUAUAAAAUUUAGGAUUUUAUUCUCUCAGAACGGCAAAUUACUCUAAAGAUGAAGAGUCAUCUUAUUGUUACACAGGUGUCAAUAUUUUUCUGUAUUUUGUUUAUAAUUUUAUUUUUUAAAUAAAAGUUUAUAAUCAGUA